AUAUCUGCUGAACUACUUACUCAUAAGUAGUAGCCUUCUCUCCUCCCCUUUUGCUCAGUCACUUUUGUUUCGAUAUGGGUGUGACUUUUGAUUCUGCUCCCCUCCCUGGUGUGUCACUACUUCAGUCUCUUUGAAUUGGAUUAAAAACUGCAGCAAACUUCUGAGGCUCCUUUUCUGUGCAGAUUUAACAAGACCUGGGACUUUUUCUUUCCACACCCCCCCUCGCCCUCCAGCCUUCCUUUGUGCAGUCUGAGAGAGGAAUUCCUUGCCUUGUGCAGAUUUUCUUGAAGAAGAAACAAUGGCCAAGUUCUGGUUGUGUGCAGCUGUUGGAUUGUACUUGUUGCAGCUUUGUCUGGCUCAGAUAAGUUUGAAUAUAAGUUGCAGAUAUGCAGGAGUUUUCCAUGUUGAGAAGAAUCGACGCUACAGCCUCACAAGAGAAGAAGCCAUUGAGCUUUGCAAGGCUCUCAACAGUACUCUACCAACAUGGGAGCAGAUGGAGAGAGCUUUCAAUCUUGGACUGGAAACCUGCAGAUAUGGUUUUAUUGAAGAGAAAAUAGUAGUUCCCCGACAUACUCCUUAUCAUCUGUGUGCUGCGAAUACCACUGGGAUUUACAUUCUUCAAUCAAAUAUAUCUGACCGGUAUGAUACGUAUUGCUUCAAUUCAUCAGAAACAAAUGAUAGAGAUUGUGACCCAGUGACACAGUUAUAUUCCUCUUGGCCAGAUGAUCAGAGCAGCAUAGAAAUUUUCAAUGCUGAUGGAACACACUACACUGAUGGAAAGCUAAACACAGAAUCGCCGCCAGUUAAUGAUGAUGACAAUAGCAUGGGCAGUGGUUCAGCAAAUGACAGAGGAACAACAGAUCCUAGUGUUAUCAGCUUUGAUGAAGAUACUACUCGGAUAACAUAUGUAGUUCGUACUACAGAUAAAUCACUGAACCCUGAUGAUCCAGAGGACCACAAUGUAAAGCACAAUAAUGAAGACCAACAGCCCCCAAAUACUGAUAAGGAUGAGACUUCUGAAGAAAGUGAAGAAGAGGAAGAAAGCUCUGGACACUUAAAACCUUCAGGAUUUCUUGAGUGGAAUAGCAGUCAUGAUAAGGAGCAUCACCUAUCUAAUCCUACAAUGUCAGUGAUGGUAGCAGUAUCCCAAUUAUUCGUCAGUAUAAAUCCAAUCAUUGUCACAACAGCUGUGGUCUCCAGCAGCGAUGUCAAACGUGAAGAGUCAGCCCGUGAUUCAUUGAUACAUGUUGUACACUCUGGAUGGAACAAUGAAGUCAGAUAUUCAGCAAAUGACACAAGGGAUGAUACGCUACCUGGAACUGUUUCUCCAGGUGAUGGUGAACAUUAUUCUACAGCUAUGUCGUCCAGAGACAGUUUCCUCAAGCAGAAAGUAUCAACUCUACAUCUGCAAGAUGGUGUUCAUUCUGGACUGGAAGCUGAAGCCGGACUUCCUACAAACACGACAUCAGAUGAUUUGCAUCUAAGACUUGUUCCUUCAGAUGAAAAACAAAACAAUCUGGAAGAAGCUUUCCAUGCAGCAGUGUUCAUCAAUGGAAGUGCCAAAGAUGAAGAAUCACAUCAAGAUCAGUUAUUAUCGGUUGGUAAACCUGGAGGGAGGAGAGGAGGAAGUUCUUCCACAAAUAGAACAAGCCAUGGUGUGGUACAAAUACUUAUUCCUCCAAGUGAGAGUGAUCGUGAAAACAAAUCUGCUCGAACAGAUUCAAACCAAGAUCAGCUUCCUUCGGGCAGUGACGGCAGAUCAAAUCAAAAUGAACAUCAGGAAUCAUCAGAUACAGCAGAUGAGGUGUCUAAUGAUCUGAUGAAACAUGGAGGAUCUACUCAGAAUCCACUAACACAUGGAAUGUAUCCUGAUUCUGAACUGGAGAAUGAAGAACAAUAUUCUACAAACACAUAUAGUGAAGAAACUCUACCUGGAAUUAUUCCUCCAAGUGAUAAUGAACAAAAAAAUACAUCCAUUUAUACAGUUGUAGUCUCUACUGACGGUGCUAGCCAUGAAGACAGUGAUCAUGAUCAUUUUGACUGGGACAGUGAAAAUACAUACCCUAAAAAUGUAUCUAGAGAUGGCAUGCCUCCUGUUAUUUCUCCAAGUGAAAGCAAGAAUGAAAAGAAUUUGAAAACAAAUCACACAGCUGUACUUUCCAGUGGCGACACUUAUUCUGAAGACUCUGCUCAUGAUAUUAUAUUGCAUAGGAAGCAUUCAGACUGGGAUAGUGAAGAUAAAUAUCCCACAUCCAGAGAUCAUUUGUUGCCUGAAAGUAUUCCUUCAGUUGAAAGUGAACAUGAAAAUGAACCAACACAUACAGUUGUGAUCUCCAGUGAUGGAACUGAGCAUGAAGUCUCUAUUCAAGAUUCACCAAACCAUGAAACAGAUCCUGGCUGGGACAGUGCAGAAAAGCAUCCAGCAAAUGAAUCAACAGAUGGUGUGGUACCUAGAAUUAUCCUUCCAGCUGAACAUGUACAUGAAAAGGAAAUCUUACAUACAGUUGCCAUCCAUAACAAUGAUGCUCAUGAAGAUGCAACACAAGAGCCAUUACCUCCUGUUCAUCAACCAGACUGGCACACGGAAGAAGACUAUUUCACUACUACUUCUGUUCAUCAACCAGAUUGGCACAUGGAAGAAGAAUAUUCUGCUAAUACUUCUAGAGAUGAUAUACUGAUGGGAAAUAGUGCAAAUAAUGGAAUCGAACACGAUCCCUUACAUACAGAUGUGGUCUCCCAUGAUGGGACCAAAGAUGAAGAUUCAACCCCAGGACCAGUGAAGCAUGAUAGCGAAGACAAGUAUUCUACAAAUUCCACAAAGGGUGUUUUGCCUCCUGGAAUUGUUCCUCGGACAGGGACAAAUCGCAAAAAUAAUACUUAUCAUACAGGUCUGGCCCCUGAUCUGCCUGAAGAUAGAGGAUCACAGCAGGGAGAUUCAACACCAAAAACGCAGACUCGAGUUGCUCACAUUCCAGAUUGGCUGAUUGUAGUUGCUUCUCUUUUGGCCCUGGCAUUGAUACUUGGCGUUUGCAUUGCUGUGAACAGCCGGAGAAGAUGUGGACAGAAACAAAAGCUUGUGAUCAACAAUGGCAAAGGGGUGGUGGAUAACAAAAACAUGGGUGGACUGAAUGGAGAAGCCAGUAAAUCUCAUGAAAUGGUACACUUGGUACACAAAGAGCAGCCAGAGGACCAAACAGAGUCACACGAUGAAUUCCUGCAAAUUGAUGAAACAAACAACCUACAAGAAGUGGACUUGAAGAGUGGUGUGUAAGCAAUCCAUGUUACUCCAGUUGAACCAGAGUUGCAAAAUAAAAGUUUUCAUGGAACUGGGACUAGAACUCACAAAUGCAAUGUGCUACUGAUGUCUUUUUUGCAUAAUUAACAUAGAUUUUUUUCUUUUUCUCUGUUUUGAUGGUCAGGUACAAGAUGAAUAUGAAAUUUUGCUCUGCUCAACAUUGCAUAAUUUUGCCCAGUCCUAAUUGGUGACAUGCAUAUCAUUGUUAUCACCGGUCUGCUUAUCAUGGUCUGUUGUUUCAUAAGGAACAAUAGUAACUUUGAUAAGGAGAAAUAUUCCUUACACGAACACAUGCAUCAUUUUCCCUCACCAGCAGAACAUCACCAUUAAGAUAUUUAAGGUACAAAGUGUGUCCUUGCCUACCCAAUAUAUGUUAGAGAGCUACAAAAAAGUGCUGCACAGAGGAUUCAACACGUCAGAGUGAAACAUAAUUCCUUGGCAUUGCCACUUAGCCCUGAAGACUGUCAGAUGUGUUUCGUCUCACUCAUAGAUAUGUAGAAAUGAUGUGCUUCAGUUAUUGUGUCCUUAAAAACAAAUUUGUCCAAAACUUCCACAGAUAUCCCAUAAUAUUUUAAAUGGAAAAGACGGAAAGACAACAAAGAAUAAAUUUGAUUUUAUAGCAAAUAAAAUUUUAUUCUCUGUAACCUAAA